AUGGCUCGAGGUGCUGCGCCGGCGGAGCAAUCCGACUUCGAAAAGCAGCGUCUCGCCAACAUUGCAGAGAGAGAUGCGCUGCUCAAGAAGUUAACCCAAGAGGCCCAACAAGCGGGCCUCUAUUCCAAACCGGCAUCGGCGGGCCCUCCGAAUGGACAGAAGCGGCCGGCGAAGGCGAAACGAAAAGAGCCACCUGCGAAGCGAGUCAAAAAAGAAAUCGAGGUCGUGCCUCGCCGAACAUCCUCCAGACUAGCAGGCAUUCAGGCCGACAGUGAAGUGGCGAAACACAAGGCGGAAGAAGAAUACGAGAAAGCCAAAGAUGUAGAGAGGCAGAGGAGGCAAAGAGUAACAGGCGAUCUCAACUUUGCAGGAGAUGGAUCAAGUCUGAUUGGGACGGACGUGCUGCUCAAGGGCGUGGCAACUCCGUACGAGCGGACAUUUGACGACGACGAUAUCCGGGAAACCAGCGACCAGGAGCUGAAGGCGCUGCGGCAGAGGAUGAGUUCUCUGGGGCUGUGGGAUGCCUGGGAACCAAACCGGAUCAAGAUCACGCCGGAACGCAUCUACAGUAUGGCCUUCCACCCGACCCCGACCAAGCCGAUUGUGUUUGCGGGCGACAAGAUGGGCAACCUGGGGAUUGUGGACGCGUCGCAAAGCCCCAAGCACGUGAAGCAAGAAGACGACGACGACGACGAUGAGGACGACCUAGACCCAGGCCCGGACAUUGCAACCAUCAAGCCUCACACCCGCACCAUCUCAGCCAUGCACACUCACCCGUCCAAACCGGAAACGCUGUACACGGCGUCGUACGACUCGUCGAUCCGAGCCACCGACCUGCAAAAGGCCGUGGCCGUGGAGGUGUACGGGCCUGCAAACAAGGACGACGACGAGCCCGUGUCGGGCGUCGACAUGGCCGCCGCGGACCCGAACGUCGUGUACUUCACCACGCUGAACGGCGCGUUUGGCAAGUACGAUGUGCGUCAAGACCCGGCCCAGGUCGACCUGUACCAGCUGUCGGAGAAGAAAAUCGGCGGCUUCUCACUGAACCCGGUGGCGCCGCACUACGUCGCGACCGCGUCGCUGGACCGGUUUAUGCGACUGUGGGAUCUGCGGAAGAUGACCGAAUCACUGCCUACGCUGGUGGGCGAGCACGAGUCGAGGCUGAGCGUGAGCCAUGCCGCCUUCAACACCGCCGGCCAAGUGGCCACCACGAGCUACGACGACACCAUCAAGAUCCACUCGUUCGGCGUGAACGGCAAGAAGACGGGUUCGGGUUCGGUGCUCGAGACUAUGAACCAAUGGAGCCCGGGCUUCCAACUCGACGAGGCUGCCAUUACUCCGGAGGUGGUGAUCAGACAUAACAAUCAGACUGGUCGAUGGACGACGAUUCUCAAGCCGCGAUGGCAAAUGUAUCCCGAAGACAACAUUCAGAAACUGGUGGUGGGAAACAUGAAUCGCUUCGUCGACAUCUACAGCGCCGACGGCACCCAGCUCGCCCAACUCGGCGGCGACUCCAUCACCGCCGUCCCAGCCGUCGCGGUCUUCCAUCCCACCAAAGACUGGGUCGCGGGCGGCACCUCGUCUGGGAAAUUGUGUUUGUGGAGAUGA